GAACAUUUUUUCUCCUUUGGUAAAGGGUGGGUGAGGGUCUUCGUUCUUGAAACUCAUUCACUUAAUUGAAGUACUUGAAUACAAGUCGGUCCUCGAAAAGUUAUCGAUCCGCGACUACAAUUUCUUGGCUUCAAUUCUCAUUCCCCUAAUUUUGACAUAAUCGGACCUUGAACGACGAUCGUCUACCUUCCGUCACGAUGGCAGUUGCAUCUGAAGAGACCACAAGCAUAUGCAAUCACUGCGGCAGAGACAUUCCGUCGGCAAAUAUCGAUCUGCAUUCUGUUCAUUGCGCGCGGAAUCUAGAAAAAUGUAAAAUAUGUGGCGAUAUGGUUCCUAAAAGACAUGCGGAGGAACAUUAUCUGAACACUCAUGCUCCCGUUUCCUGUUCGCUGUGUAGCGAGACCAUGGAACGGGACAUUUUAGCCAUUCAUAAAGGCGAAAACUGCCCUCAAAGGAUUGUUACUUGCGAGUUCUGCGAGUUCCCAUUGCCAGCAGUAGAUUUGGCUGAGCAUCAGGAAGUAUGUGGUAACCGGACCGAACUUUGUCAUCUGUGUCGUCGAUAUAUCAGACUACGAGAACGAUAUAGCCAUGAAAAUAAUUGCAAGGGUGUCACAGCUGCAGAUACCGUUGCUGAAUCUUCCAGGGAUGUGGGGGCAGCUCCAGAAAGAGAUCAAGUUAGAGAUCGAGGCGCUCGACGAAGACAGCCACAGGAGUUUUCUACCCGACGUCUUAUAUUCACUAUUGCGAUAACGGGCAUUGCCGUUCUACUAGGAUCGCUAUUUUUCCAGAGAAAGGCCGAGAGCAACAUCGUGCACUGAUCGAUGGUAAGCUUACCAUAGAUCCUACGACUUCCAUUUUUCUGCAGCAAGAAUAUCAGAACACUGCUGUAAACUUAUGAAACACAUGGGCGGAUAAUUUGAUUAUGGCCUGAUGCUCUGCCUCCUCUGCUCUUUGGGGGAUUUUAUUUAUGUUCGUUGGAAUUACGUGGGAAGAAAAAGUAAAUUUAAUUUACAAAUUUAAUUCCUAGCGA